AUGGGGAAGUCAAAUUCCACCAUGCUGCAGGUGUUGGUCUCCAUCCAGGGCCUUGUGUUGAAUGAUAAACCCUACUUCAAUGAGCCAGCUAUCUUCAGCUCCAAAGAGAAGCAUUCCCUGGCAUAUAAUACCACUGCAUUUCUUCUAUCCUGCAAGACAAUGGUGUAUUCACUUCAGAACCCCCCAAAGAAUUUUGAGACCAUUAUUAUGCGCCAUUUCCAUGAGCGGGAGCAGGCCAUCCUGGAGGCAUGCGGUGCAUAUGCAUCUGGCAUGAUCGUUGGAUCAUCGGUCAAAGAUGGCCGGACAUACAUCCGCAACAAGUGCUUUGCACGUUUCAAGAAGUCCCUGGAUGCACAAACUGAACUUCUUAAGAAGGAGCUAGCCGCGAACAGGUUUCAUGCGCUAGAACUGAAGAGAGAUUCUACAGAUGAGAUUGUGUCUACUAGCUAG